GACACGCAGAACUUUCAUUUCCUCGGUCAGUUAGUUGUAGCAAAACCCGAAAAACCCUGGAACCUACUUGUUGUCAAUUCCAAAGAAAAUCAAACAAGAAGAGCAGAAAUGGAUGUUAAUGGGUCGGCGAUGGAUGUUGAUUUUGACAAUGUUGGCACUUGUUUAACCAGCUUUGUUGAUGAUGGUACUGUUGAGAGUCACAGGUACUUUCUUGCACGCAGAACUGUGCUCGAAAUGCUGAAAGAUCGUGGUUUUGCAAUACCCAAUUCAGAAAUUGACGCAACGCUUCAAGAAUUCAGAGAGAAAUAUGGUCAAAGACCUGAUGUUGACCGCCUCAGAAUCUCCGCCAUGCACAGGACUGACCUUACCAAUAAGGUUUUGGUCAUCUUCUGUGGGCCAAAUUCCGUGAAAAUGAAUGUCAUCCGCAGUAUUUUAUCUCAAAUAAUGAACAAAGAAUCCUUGAGUCGGCUGAUAUUAAUCAUUGAAAAUCCAAUGACUAAUCCAGCUAUGAAGGUUGUGGAGGACUCCCCAUUCAAAACUGAAAUUUUCCAGAUCACAGACUUGCUUGUCAACAUCACAAAACAUGUUUCAAAGCCAAAGCAUGAAUUGUUGACCAACACAGAGAAGGAGCAGCUAUUGAAGAAGUACAACUUGGAAGAGAAGCAGCUACCACGGAUGUCUCAGAAGGAUGCAAUUGCUCGGUACUAUGGACUGGAGAAGGGGCAAGUUGUGAAGGUCACUUACAGCAAUGAGAUUAUUGAGACACAUGUUACUUAUCGCUGUGUCUGGUGAUGCAACUAUGUAAAUCCUAUGUAGCAGUGUUGUUCUGUCGUACGUUGAGUGUCUGAAGCAUCCUAACUGAAGAGCUUGUAGUAGUAAUAUGUGUUAAGUACACUUUAUCACUGUUGCUAUGUUUUUUGUUGUAUAAUCAGAUUGCCUUAACUUCAUACUUUUGUGCUAGUAGGGGUGAUGGUGGCUAUUCUAAUUUGCAAAAUAUGACCAUGUUUCUAUGUUAAUUGGAGUUUAAUAGCUAUUCUUAA